GUCAAUGCCAACCAGAGAAGUAUCUCCCUUACACAGCAGUCUGUUAUCAAUGUCAAAUCCAAUGUUAACUCAUUUCUUUUAACAUCUGAAAGAGCACCUAUUCUACAGAAAUGGCAGCAUUUAGAUGGAUAUCUGAACUGGAUACUGAAUAUUCUACCAUGA